AGCAGUUCAGGCAACAUCCGAGGAGCAGUAAAAUCGACGUUUCGGACAGAAACCCUUCAUCAGGAAUUGCUCAGUGCCGCUGGUGAGAGAGAGCAGCAGGAGCAGUCACUUUGCAUUAAGGUGCAGACAGUGGGAGAGCUUCACUGAUAGACCCUCCAUCGAGGAAACAGCACAGGAGAAAACCGAACACAACCAAAGACAAGGAAGUGACAUCGUGGGAGGAGCUACAAGCCUCUGGCACUUCCCCCUUUCUGAGGAGAGUUCUCUGGAAUCAUUGGACAGUCAGACGGGGAAAGCAGUGAGAGACACAGAAGGAGGAUGGGAGGAGCCAGCUCCAGUGAUCAGAUGGGUCAAACUUCAAAUUCCUCAUUGUUCAGUAAGGAAGAACUCAGUAAACUAAAUUCUGCUUAUGACACUGGUGGGCUGAAAGAGGUGACACUGCUGAUACAGAAGAAGUUAGAUGAUCUGGACAAUACAGAGCUGCACAUCGCAGUGACAGGAGAAAUAGGCUCUGGGAAAUCCACCUUCAUCAAUGCAAUGACAGGACUUCGAAAUGAUGAUGAGGGCGCAGCUAAAACCGGAACCACAGAAUGCACAAGGGAGCCAACCUCAUACUCACACCCCAACCUGCCGAAUGUUUACCUCUGGGACCUACCUGGAAUUCGACAUAUUCAAAUGGUGGAGCGGUAUGUGAGGGUAAUUAACUUUGCGAAAUAUGAUUUUAUCAUCAUUAUCUCAGCCUGUCGAGUCACAGAGAAUGAUAUAAAACUCGCCAAAGAGAUUAAACGGUUGGGGAAGAAUUUCUAUUUUGUUUACUGUAAAAUUGACAAUGAUCUUGAUGCAAUGAGGCAGCGCUCAUGGAAUUUUAAUGAAGUGGAAACAUUGGAGAUGAUCAGGAAUUACUGUGUCAGCAAGCUGCAAGAGGCAGGAAUCCCAUCACCCAGCGUAUUCCUGAUAUCAAACUUUGAUCUGAAUCUGUAUGAUUUUAUUUGUUUAAAUAAAACUCUUGAGGAUGAUCUUCCGAAUAUAAAAAGUGACUUUAUACUGGUGCUCCAAAACCUAAACUCUGAGAUUGUUGAGAAGAAAAGUACAGAGCUGAAGAGGCGACUCCAAAUGUUGGCAACACAUUACAGAGUAGUUCCUGGACUCCCGCUUACUCAUAACUUUGGGAUCCUGACUGGAGCAAUAAUAUACUUACGUAAAUGUAUGGGUCUGGAUGAUGUCUCUCUUCAAAGGCUGGCCAAGAGUGUAGGGAAGCCUGUGGAGGAUCUGAAAGCAGUGAUGACAACUCCCCUGGUUGGGAGGGAAAUAACUGAAGACAUAAUAAAAAGAUUGGACUGGCAUGCCACUGCUGUCAUUGCAUCAGCACCUGAGCUCACUGUCAAUACCAAUCCAGACUUUGGAGAACAGCCAUCUUUUCUUACAACUAAGAAGCUUCUGAAUACUGCAUUGGAUGAUCUGACAGAGAACGCACAGAGAGUGGUGAUGGUUGCGUUUGGGAUUCCAUCAAUCCGAGAGCAGUUUUUGUACUGUACAUUCUUCAGUGAGGAAGAGCUCAAGAAACUGAAGUCUAAUUAGGAAAUGGAUGAACUUAAAUCCCUGAUACAGAAAAAUGUUGAUGAUUUGGAUAGUACAUUAAACCACUGAUACAGAAGAUUCACAAGAUCUGAACAAUGGAGAAAGCGAGGACUUGCAGAGCAAUGAACAUCGCAAUGAUGGGAGAAGCAGACUCAGAGAAAUCCAUCUUCAUCAAUGCAAUGAGAGGCGUUCAGGACGGUGAUGAGGGAAAGCUAAAGCUGGGACUACAGAAACCACAAUCACCUUAAAAUUAUGCCUCCUCCCUGAUAGCCAUUUUUGCCCUGGGAAAGGGUCUCUGGUUAUCUACUGUAUGUAUGCCUCCAUUCGUCUUGAUCACCUCUCAUCCUUCAUCGCUCCAAUGAGAAAAGGCCUAGCUCCCUUCUUCAUAAGACAUGCCCUCCAAUCCAGGCAGCAUCCUGGUAAAUCUCCUCUGCAUCCUCUCUAAGGCUUCCACAUCCUUUCUCUCAUGAGACGACUAGAACUGAACACAAUAUUCCUCCUGUGGUCUAACCAGGGCUCUAUAGAACUGCAGCAUUACCUCGCGGCUCGUAAACUCAAUCUCCCUGGAAGUGACAACAUGCCAUUCACCUUAACAACCCUAUCAACUUGGGUAACAGCUUUGAGGGAUCUAUGGACAUGAGAUCCCUCUGUUCCUCCACACGGCAAAGAAUCCUGCCUUUAACCCUGUAUUCCACCUUUAAAUUCAACCUUCCAAAGUCAAUCACUUCACAAUUUUCCAGGUUGAAUUCCAUCUGCCACUUAUCAGCCCAGCUCUGCAUCCUGUCAAUGUCCUGUUGCAAGCUACAACAGUUCUCCACAAUUUCCACAACUCCACCAACCUUUGUGUUGUUGGCAAACUUAGUAACCCACCCUUCUACUUCCUCAUCCAAGUCAUUUAUAAAAAUCACAAAGAGCAGAGGUCCCAGAAUCAAUCCCUGCGGAACACCACUGGUCACCAAGCUCCAGGCUGAAUACUUUCCAUCUACCACCAAACUCUGUCUUCUGUGAGCCAGCCCAUUCUGUACCCAGACAGCCAGAUUUCCAGACUUUCUGAGUGAGCCAACCAUGCAGAACAUUCUCAAAUACCUUGCUAAAAUCCAUAUACACCACAUCUACUGCUCUGCCUUCAUCAAUGUGUUUUGUCACAUCCUCAAAGAAUUCAAAAAGGGUUGUGAGGCAUGACCUGCCCAUCACAAAGCCAUGCUGACUAUAUCUAAUCAAGCUAUGGUUUUCCAAGUAAUCAUAAAUUCUGUAUUUCAAAAUCCACUCCAGUAAUUUGCCCACCACAGACAUAGGACUGACCGAUCUGUAAUUCCCAGGAUUAUCCCUUUACCCUUCUUGAACAAGGGAAUAAAAUUUGCCACCCUCCAGUGGCACUAAUCCAGUGGACAGUGAGAAAACAAACCUCAUUGCCAAAGGCACAGCAAACUCUUCUCUUGCUUCCAGGAAGGUAAAUUUCCCACUUAAAAGGUACUUACUUCAAGCUUCAACCUCCAUUUUCGGGAGGAACAAGAGAGAACGAGGAGCUGAGUAGGAGUGGUUGAAUUGCACUCUGGGAAGGUGAGUGAACCGAUUAAGUUUGGGCCGUGGCUGAACCUGAGACACGACAUGUGUAGUGUCUCCCACCCACCUUCCUCCUCUAACCAAAGGAAAGGACUCUGUGGUGUGUUGAUAUGAUAAGGAUUUUCUUUUUUUUAAUCGUGUAAUUGAUAAAAACUUUUCUUUCUUUUUUUGUUUACCUAAGUUUAGACUAAGUUAAGUUUCAGAUUAAAAAUGGCAGGAGAUCCCAGAGCCGAGUUAUGCUCCUUUAAUUCAAUGUGGGAGCUCAGGGACACGGCUGAUGUCCCUGACUCCUUCAUGUGCAGGAAGUGCGUCCAGUUGCAGCACUUGUUAGACUGCAUGACAGCUCUGGAGCUGCAGAUGGAUUUACUUUGGAGCAUACACAAUGCUGAAGGGGUCAUAGAUAGCACAUUUAGUGAAUUGGUUACACCUCAGAUUAGGAUUGCUGAGGGAGAAAGGGAAUAGGUGACCAAAAGGCAGACAAAGAGCAGUAAGGCAGUGAAGGUGUCCCCAGCAGUCAUCUCGCCUCCAAAACAGGUAGAUUGUUUUGGAUGCUGCUGGGGGAGAUGGCUCACCAGGGGAAGGCAGCAGUAGCCCGGUUAGUUCAUGGCAUCGUGGCUGACUCUGCAGUACAGAAGGGUGGGAAAAAGAGUGGAAGGGCUAUGGUCAAAGGGGAUUCAAUUGUAAGGGGAGUAAUCUACACCUGGGCCGGAUUUGUGCUUUUGCUAACACAUUUGGGGAGUGUUUAAACAAAUGUGAUGGGGGUUGGGAACCAAUGAGGAGGUUAGUGUACAGUAAGGAGCUAGUAACUGAAGUUUGUAAGGAACUAGAUAAUAAUGUCAACGUAACUCAGUCUAACAGUUGGCAGCGAGCAGAUGAUGAAGGGACUGGUGGUCUGAGGUGCAUUUGUUUUCACCCAAGAAGUGUAGUAGGUAAGGCAGAUGAACUUUGGGCUUGGAUUAGUACCUGGGAGUAUGAUGUUAUUGCUAUUACAGAGAUUUGGUUGAGGGAAGAAAAUCUUAAUAUCCCAGAUCAUUGAUACUUCAGGUGGGAUAGAAAAGGAGGUAAAAGGGGUGGAGGAGUUGCAUUACUGGUCAGGGAGGAUAUCACAGCUGUGCUGAAAGAUGGCACUAUGGAAGUCUCGAGCAGUGAGGCAAUAUGGGCAGAGCUCAGAAAUAGGAAGAGUGCGGUAACAAUGUUGGGGCUGUAUUACAGGCCUCCCAGCAGAGAUAGAGGUCUAAAUAUGUAAACAGAUUAUGGAAAGAUUCGGAGCAACAGGGCGGUGGUGAUAAGAGAUUUUAAUUUUCCUAACAUUGACUGGGAUUCACUUAGUGUUAGUGGUCUAGAUUGGGCAGGAACAUCCAGAAGGGUUUCCUCGAGCAGUAUGUAAAUGGUCUAACUCGGGAAGGGUCCAUACUUGAUCUGUAGUUGGGAACUGAGCCCGGCCAGGUGGUUGAAGUUUCAGUAGGGGAUUUCUUUGGGAGUACUGUUCACAAUUCCGUCUGUUUUAGAAUACUCAUGGAUAAAGAGGAGAGUGGUUCUAAAGGAAGAGUGCUAAACUGGGGGAAGGCCAAUUAUAACAAAAUUCUGUUGGAGCUGGUGAAUGAAGAUUGGGAGCAGCUGAAUGAGGGUAAAUCCUCAUUUGAUAUUUGGGAAGCUUUUAAAGGGAGGUUGAUUAGAGUGCAGGAGAGAUAUGUUCCUGUGAAAAUGAGGAAUAGAAAUCAGAAGUUUAGGGAUGACAGGUGAAAUUGUGAGAUGAGCUUAGAGGAAAAAGGAAGCUUACAUAAGGUUGAGGCAACUGAAGACAGACAAAGCAGUUGGAUGAAUACCGGGAUUGCAGGACCAGUUUGAAAUGAAGAAUUAAUAGGGCUAAAAGGUGUCAUGAGGUAUCUUUUGCAAACAGGCUUAAGGAAAACCCCAAAGCCUUUUAUUUAUAUAUUGGGAACAGGAGGGUAACUAGAGAAAGGGUUGGCCCACUCAAGGACAAAGGAGGAAAGUUUUGCGUGGAGUCAGAGAAAAUGGGUGAGAUUCUUAAUGAGUACUUUUUUGUCAGUAUUCACCAAGGUGAGGGGUAUGAUGGAUGUUGAGGUUAGGAAUAGAUGUUUGAUUACUCUAGGUCAAGUUGGCAUAAGGAGGGAGGAAAUGUUACGUAUUCUAAAAGGCAUUCAGGUUGGACAAGUCCCCAAUUCUGAAUGGAAUCUAUCCCAGAUUACAGAGGGAAGCGAGAGAGAAAAUAGUUGGGGCCUUAACAGAUGUAUUUGCAGCAUCCUUCAACAUGGGUGAGGUCCCAGAGCACUGGAAAAUUCCAAAUGUUGUCCCUUUGUUUAAGAAGGGGAGCACGGAUAAUCUAGGUAUUUGUAGACCAAUGAGCCUGAAGUCAGUGUCAGUGCUGGAGAAGAUACUGAAGGAUUGGAUCUGCUCCCAUUUGGAAGAAAAUAGACUUAUCAAUGAUAGGCAGCAUGAUUUUGUGCAGGGAAGGUCAUGUCUUACUAACUUAACAGAAUUCUUUGAGGAAGUGACAAAAUUGAUUGAUGAGGGAAGGACUGUAGCUGUCAUAUAUAUGGGCUUUAGUAAGGUGUUUCACAAGGUUCCUCAUGGUAGGCAGAUGGAUAAGAUGAAAUCGCAUGGGUCCAGGGUGUACCAGCUGGAUGGACAGAGAACUGGCUGGGCAACAGGAGACAGACAGGAGUAGUGGAAGCGAUUUUCCCAAAAUGGAGACCUGCAACCAGUGGUGUUACACAGGGAUUUGUGCUGGGACCAUUGUAACUUGUGUUCUACAAAGAUGAUCUGGAAGAAGGUAUAGGUGGUCUGAUUCGCAAGUUUGCAGAUGACACUAAGAUUGGUGGAGUAGCAGGUAGUGAAGGGGACUGUCAGAGAAUGCAGCAGAAUAUAGAUAGAUUGGAGAGUUGAGCGGAGAAAUGGCAGAUGGAGUUAAAUCUGGGCAAAUGCAAGGUGAUGCAUUUUGGAAGAUCCUAUUCAAGAGAGAACUAUACGGUAAAUGGAAAAAUCCUGGGGAAAAUUGAUAUACAGAGAGAUCUGGGUGUUCAGGUCCAUUGUUCCUUGAAGGUGACAAUGUAGGUCAACAGAGUGGUCAAGAAGGCAUAUGGGAUACUUUCCUUCAUCAGAUGGGGUAUUGAGUACAAGAGUAGGCAGGUCCUGUUACAGUUGUAUAAGACUUUGGUUCGGCCAUAUUUGGAAUACUGCAUAUCGUUCUGGUACCAUUACCAAAAGGAUAUGGAUACGUUGGAGUGGGUGCAGAGAAGGUUCACUAGAAUGUUGUCUGGUAUGGAGCGCAUUAGCUAUGAAGAGAGGUUGAGUAGAUUAAGAUUAUUUACAUUAGAAAGAUGGAGGUUGAGGGGGGAGCUGACAGAGAAAUACAGAACCCAAUAGAGUCAGGCAGGGAAAGAAAACAGCGCACACUGUGGACCAGCUGAAAUGCCAGCCAAGAUUGACAAAAUUAUGUGCCAACUUUCCGUGCAGAAGGAACAUUUGCGACAAUGGAAUCAGAUGAGGACAGUGAUUACAGGACAGACUGGGAGGUAAUGGAAGAACGAGCCUGGAGAUAUAUGGGAGUGGACCUCAGCGAGGGGAACUGGGGAAAGUCUACCCUAACUGUGGUCCUGAUCCAGACCCAAACCAGUCAUUGAUCCAGAAGCAAUCCAAAUUCCCAAUCCCGAUUCAGGACUAGCCCCAGCUUCCGAUCCAUAGUAAGAUCCUGGACACUGUCCGGGAACACUGUCCCUCCUGAGGCCUCUCCCUCAGGAACUGAACCACAGCUGGCCCCACCAAUUAUGGCCAGUACAGACAGGGCCUCAAUGUGUAGCAGCUCUGAAGAAAAAAGGAUGGUUAGGGACUGUCCACCCAACAAAGUGUCCUGGCUUUAUCAUACAGAGACAUGAACAACAGGGGAAGGCAAUGGUCCAAUGGUAUUAUCACUGUAGUGUUAAUCCAGUGACCCAGGUAAUAUUCUGGGGACCUGGGUUUGAAUCCUGCUGCAACAGAUGAUGGAAUUUGAAUUUGAUAAAUAUCUGGAAUUAAGUCUAAUGAUGACCAUGAAUUUUUUGUUGAUUGUCAGGAAAAACCAACUUUGGUUAUCCACUUUGGUGGCAAGAACAGGAUGGCAGAUUACUACCUAAAUGGAAUCAAUUUAGGUAAAGGGGCAGUACCAGUGGGGCAAACCACAGAGAGGCAGGAGCGGGGGAGAGGGCUCUGGCUAUCGGGAAUGAGGAUGGUGUUUUUUGGGUCCAUCCCAAGAAAUCCAUGAUAGUUGGGUAUGACAACCAGCAGACUGUGCUGCAUCUGUGGCCAAGGGAUGAGCAAGUCAGUUGAGGGAGAACAUUGGGCAGGCCAAGCCGGACCCAUCAUGGAUCCACAAUGAAUGGACAGAGCACUUAUUCCACAGGAAGCAUUGUCCCAGUAUUUCACAUUGUCAAAUGUGGCAAUUGACCAUGGUUUGGUUUAGUGAUGAUUUCAGGGGGAUCUAGGAAAGGCCAUGGUGAUGGUACUGAGGAUCCCAAUCAUUACAUCAAAUCAAAAUUGGCUACAAGUCUUUGAGGUGGGAAAUGUUGGCAUUAUCUGAGACGGUAGUCUGGAUCCUAACUUUUUCUUAUUUAAAAGUAGAUGUGAAGUGGAUAUUCCAUAUGUGAUGUAGCUGGUCAAACCACUUGGUUUUAAGUAAAACAGACUUAUUUAAACACUACAGUUGAAACAUGAACAAAAGAAAACAGACUUUAGAAUAACUUUACUUGAAGACUCAACUGACUCAAUAAUUUAACUAAGGAGCUUUUCCAAUUCCCGUGACAUCCCAAAAACACACCCCUUGGCAAAAGGUAAAUUCAAACACAGCUCCUUACAGGCAGGAGAGACUUUAAAGAGGAAUGUUAGCCAGGAAGCAUCUGCUGAAGCAUGGAACCUUUCCUCUCUGCAACAACUUCCAAAGAGAUUUCAGAGAGAAAGCCAGUCAGGAACCAUUUGCUGAAGCUUGGAACCUUUCUCCACUGCAAGCAAUUUCUCAUUGCUAUAGCUACCAAACUAGAAAAAAAUCUGAACUAUGAGAUCAUGGUCACUCCCUUGCCAUUAUUAAACUAAGCUCUUUCCCAGACAUUUUGGCACCUUUGCCUUUAUGACCUCUCUUUAACAAGCCCCAAGGACAAACUAACCUUGUUAAAGUGACAGCAUCAUCACAUAUAUUUGGCUAUUUGAAUAUAGAGUUGUUAAGCUUAUUAAUAUGUGUAAGAUGGUAGUUGGUGUAUCGGGCAUUGUUGUCAUUGGACAAUGGAGAACUCAAACACUCAGGAAGAUAGGUUACUUCCAUCUGAGACUUGGUAUGUUCCUGCAUGAGAGUGUGUUAUGAACCUCUGAUCCUAUUUCUGCUCGACAUUUCAAGGGAUCAGCAGGAGAGACUGUGGACCAUGCACCCAAAAUUGGAUAUUCUAAAUUGACCCACAGCUGGAGAAAUCAAGGUGAAGAAAAAAUUGGCCAAAGUAAAUUAAACAGCAGCCUGCAGCUAUUGACUGUAGAGGACCAUGGCAACCAAGGUCAAAGACAUCUCAAAGAUUUAGGGGGAACGAAUUACAAACAUCCUGAGGAUGGUGUACUGCAAAGUAUCAAUUAGACUUUCUGGCACCUUGACUUCCAGCUGGUGCCUGAGAAUGUGCACUUUACACUUCCCUGGCAUGGCAACAGUGAAGGGUCUGGGUGUGAAUCAUUUGGAUGCUUUGAACCUAACUCAUGAUCCGAUUGGCCACAGAACAUUCUGGAAGAUCUCGGGCAAAGGGGGAUAAGAACACGUGUGGUCACCAUCCCCUCAGUGAAGACUCACAGUGAAGAUUCUCAGGGAAGUUUUGCAGUGAAGACUCAUGACAGAAGAUCAUGCAGCAGCCCAUGAAGACCCAGAAGAAAAUUGCCCCUGACCUGAAAAACCCACCUUCAUGGAAGAGAGCUAGCCGUACGUCGGAGAGGAAGGAUAUUCCAAUAGCACAGCUCAAACACAUGGAUCAUCGUGGGCAAUAUCCUGUCUCAGAUGGAUCAAGGUUGAUGGAGAAUAAAUAUUAUGGGAAUUUGGGGAAUGCUAACAUUGUGUUUUAUUAAGGAACAUCGUUAAUAAAAUCACGUUGAACUGCAAA